GUCCGCGUCGCGCCCGCUCAGAAGUGCGCAAGCAUGGAGGGGCUGCCGAACUCCCGGGGAGGACCCCACGCCUGGCCCUGCAGGUCCGUGCUGUGCCGCGGUUGCGUGGAGCCAGUCAUCUUCCUUGCCAACUUCGCCUUGGUCCUGCAGGGCCCGGUGACCACGCAGUACCUCUGGCACCGCUUCAGUGCCGACCUUGGCUACAACGGCACCCGUGACAGGGGCAGCUGCAGCAACCGCAGCGUGGACCCCACCGCGCAGGAAGUGGAGACGCUGACCUCCCACUGGACCCUCUACAUGAAUGUGGGCGGCUACCUGGUGGGACUCUUCUCGUCUACCCUGCUGGGCGCCUGGAGUGACUGUGUGGGCCGCCGCCCGCUGCUGGUGCUGGCCUCCCUCGGCCUGCUGCUCCAGACCGUGCUGUCCAUCUUUGUGGUGCAGCUGCAGCUCCAUGUUGGCUACUUCGUUCUGGGCCGCAUCCUUUGUGCCCUCCUUGGCGACUUCAGUGGCAUCCUGGCUGCCGGCUUUGCCUCCGUGGCAGAUGUCAGCUCCAGCCGCACGCGUACCAUCCGAAUGGCCCUGCUGGAAGCAUGCAUCGGGGUGGCGGGGAUGCUGGCGAGCCUCGUUGGUGGCCACUGGCUCCAGGCGCAGGGUUAUGCCAACCCCUUCUGGCUGGCCUUGGCCUUGCUGAUAGCCAUGACUCUCUAUGCAGCAUUCUGCUUUGGCGAGACAGUAAAGGAGCCGACACCCACCCGGCUCUUCACACUCCGUCAUCACCGAUCCGUUGUCCAGCUCUUUGUGACCCAGGCCCCAGAGAAGUCCAGGAAGCACUUAGCCCUGUACUCAUUGGCCAUCUUCGUGGUGAUCACUGUGCACCUUGGGGCUCAGGACAUCCUGACCCUCUAUGAGCUGAGCACACCCCUCUGCUGGGACUCCAGGCUGAUCGGCUAUGGUUCUGCGGCUCAGCAGCUCCCAUACCUCACCAGCCUGCUGGGCCUGUGGCUGCUGCAGCACUGCCUGGCCGACACCUGGGUGGCUGAGAUCGGUCUGGCCUUCAACGUCAUGGGGAUGGUGGUCUUCGCGUUCGCUACCAUUACACCCCUCAUGUUCACAGGGUACGGGCUCCUCUUCCUGUCACUGGUCGUCACACCUAUCAUCCGGGCCAAGCUCUCCAGGCUGGUGAGGAGGUCAGAGCAGGGUGCUCUCUUUUCUGCUGUGGCCUGUGUGAAUGCUUUGGCGAUGCUGACAGCCUCCGGCAUCUUCAACUCGCUCUACCCAGCCACGCUGAACUUCAUGAAGGGCUUCCCCUUCCUCCUGGGCGCUGGCCUGCUCUUCAUCCCAGCCGCCCUGAUUGGGAUACUGGAAAGGGCCAAUCAUUGCCCUGAAUUUGAGCAGUUUUCCCAGAGCCCCUGAUCUGCCUGGACCAGUGGACAGAGGGCGAGAGGGGCAACGUGAGCAUAAGCAACUGGAAGUAUAUGCAUCUGGGAC